ACAUAUAAGUUUGUGACUCUAUCUAGUGCACAUACCCCCAAGCGAUACCCCAUUUUGGGUUUAUUGUUCCAAAAAUUUGAUCCAGCUCACGAACGGCUAGACUUAAAAUAUAUUGGGAAUCAUCAUAAAACAAAGCAAGUUAAAAUGUCAUCAAAUUCCAAGGAAUUUCUUACUGAGAACCAUUGUUUUACACAUUACGAGAUUAUAAGAAUAAAUUGUACAUGGGUCAUACGUUAUUUUCUUUCUUGUUCUAAUUUAAUAGAAGAAUGGAAGUCUCCAAUAUUCUCUUCCAAUGUAUAUGAAGAAUAUAAAUUCUCUUUAUACAUUAAACGGUCAACUUCAAAUGCGGAUUGGAUCGAAAUCUUUUUAUUGUAUUCAGAUCCCUCCGAAAUUUUAGAACCAAAGCUCAAAUAUAAAUUUUCUAUAUUAAAUGAAAAACAAGAAGAAAAAUAUGGUCAUACAGCUACUAUAAAAGCAGACAGGAAAAAUACUAUGCAAAAAAUUCAUUCCGUUAAAAUUAUAAAUGAUCUGUUAUGUGAAGACAAGUUGACAAUAUGCUUUGAAAUGAGUGUUGCUAAAUUUAUAAAUAUAACCCGUCUACCACUUGCCAUGCCCAAAUCUGAAUUAAACAAAGAUUUGGGAAUGCUAUUUCAAAAUGGAAAACUCACUGAUUUUAUAUUAGUUGGAAAUGGCAAGGAAUUUCAUGUACAUAAAGCUAUAUUGGCCGCACGAAGUGAGGUAUUUGCUGCCAUGUUUGAACAUGAAAUGCAGGAGAAUAAAUUGAAUCGUGUUGAAAUAACGGAUAUUGAUCCAGAAGUCAUACAGGAAAUGUUACUAUUUAUUUAUACUGGCGUAGUAACAAAACUAUACAAAAUGGCGAAAUUUCUUUUCGUAGCAGCAGAUAAAUAUGCUUUGGAAGGUCUAAAGGAAAUGUGUGAGAAAAAGUUAUGUGAACAACUAUCUAUUGAAAUAGCAGCUGAAACUUUAAUAUUAGCCGAUCGGCUUAGUGCAUUCGAAUUAAAAGAAAAAGCUAUAAAAUUUAUAAAUGACAAUUCCAGUGAAGUGGUGAAAACUGAAGAUUGGAAGAAUAUGCAGGAAACACAUCCUUAUUUGAUUGUUGAAGCAUAUCAAAGAAUGGCAAAUGGAAAGUAAAGAAAUAAGCUGGAAAUAAAUCUUUUUAAAUUGUUAGCUAUAAGAAUAUACUUUUAUUAAUAAAAAUCUUUAAAAUA